AUGUGCAAAAAGCAACUCGUGGGGCCGGGGCCGGGGCCACCUCUGCUGCUGCACCGGGCCCCUGGCGAGGCGCUGCCCGCUCCGGCUCAGGAUGUCCGUCUUCCAGGAAAGCCCAAGGUGUACCAAGGUGUGAGGGUAAAGAUCACAGUCAAGGAGUUACUGCAGCAGAGGAGGGCACGGCAAGCAGCCACCGGUUCAGCAGUGAGUAAAAAUGUUGUUCCUUGGGGCAGCGGCAGCAGCAGCAGCAUCCAGUUUGCAGAGCCUGUGUCUCCGCCUCACCCAGAACCUUUUGAAGCAGAACCCAUCCCUUCUGUGCCCAGCUGCUGCCCGUCCUGGCAGUUUUCCAGCUGCCUCUCCUGCGAGGAAAGCCCCGGAUACCUGGAGCAGCUGAUAGAUUCCUGCCUCCAGUCGGAUGCACCCUCGGAGCCAGCGUUCAGUGCCUGCCAGCCGUCCUCACACUACACCCCCGACGCCUUCCAGCCAGUCCAGCUCUGCUUCAACCAGGGCCUGGCUGCCAGCUCGCCCAGCUCAGCUGACCUGCCCAGCCCGUGGAACUACAGCUGCUCUCCCCCUCAGCUGUCUCCCCUCACCCCGCUGACCCCCAGCCCGCCCUCCUCUCUGGACACCAAGCCCUACAGCUGCCCCGUGGAGGAGUGGCCCUGCCACCCCCCCUGCCCCUUCCCCAGCCCUGCCUGCUGCUGCACAGCCUGUGGCUCCCAGAACAUGGACAGCAGGGUCCCUCAGUGCUUCCCCUGCCCCAGCACGGACUGCAUGGAGUUCCUGCCACCCCUGGCCGUGGCUGAGGACUUCUUCAGGAGGGACAGGAGCUGUGACAUCUGCUACAGCUAAUGGGGGCUGUGGUUUCACACAUCCACUGCAUCCAAAUCAGAUUAAAUUGCCCAUGAACUAUGCAAAGUUGUGCUGCCUAACACAGUCCAGUUUAUUCUUCACUACUUACACAGUUUCUUACAUGAUGCUGUCACUACAUUAAUCCUCCUACAGUCAGGGGUGUUUGGUUGUUGUUGUGGUGGUUUGGUGGGGUUUUUUCCCUGUUUUUUUUCAUUGUUGCUGUUUUUGAAAUAAAUCUUAAGCUGCCUUAUCA